AAAGGCAUCAAUGCGACCGGUGGCAUACAGCACGGAUCAUCAUGGACAUUUUACACAGCAUCAGAGAACUCACACAGGAGAGAAACGCUUCAAGUGCAGUGUGUGUGGGAAGGUGUUUGCAGAGUCAUCUACUCUUGUAGCACACCAGAGAACACACACAGGAGAGAAACCCUUCAAGUGCAGUGUGUGUGGGAAGGCGUUUACACAUUCAUCUACUCUUGUAACACACCAGAGAACACACACGGGAGAGAAACCCUUCGAGUGCAGCGUGUGUGGGAAGACGUUUGCACUUUCAUCUACUCUUGUAAAACACCAGAGAACACACAUGGAGAGAAACCCUUCAAGUGCAGUGUGUGUGGGAGGGCGUUUGCAUGUUCAGCUCAUCUUGUAG